ACAUUUAUACAAACUAGUCAGUGUUUCGUUACAGCAGCUGCCUUUUUAAGUAAAAAUUAUGAACACGUUUAAAGUGACAAAGCCACGGACUUGGCACAAUUUAGUUGCAUAAUUAAACACUUUUUUUAAAUCAUCAUUCGUAAUAUUUGUUAUUGUUAUUUGAUUGUUGCUAUUUAAAAAAAAAAACACAAAGAAAAACAAAAGAAAGAAACAAUGUCUACUCGUGAUCCUGACAAUCUCAUGACCAUGAACGAAGAGAAUUUUGAUUAUUUAUUUAAAAUCGUUCUUAUCGGUGAUUGUGGAACUGGGAAAACAUGUGUCGUCCAAAGGUUUAGAUCUGGUACUUUCAUUGAAAGACAUGGAAAUACUAUUGGUGUUGACUUUUCGAUAAAAACUGUCUUGAUAGAUGGUAAAAAAGUUAAGUUACAAAUAUGGGAUACCGCAGGACAGGAGAGAUUUCGUACUAUUACCCAAAGUUAUUAUAGAUCUGCUGAUGGUGUAAUUAUUGUUUAUGAUGUCACUAAACGCUCUACAUUUCUAAGUUUGCAACGGUGGGUGGAAGAAAUAAGAAGGUAUACAUCUUCUCAUGUGUUACUCCUUUUAAUCGGUAACAAAUGCGAUUUAGGAGAUUUGCGGGAAGUUGAAAAAAGUGAAGCUGAAGCGUUGUGCGAGUAUCUUCCAGAAGUUUUACAAGUUAUAGAAACGUCUGCCAAAGAAAAUACAAACAUAGAUGCUGUCUUCUUCUGUUUAGCAUCCGAACUGAAGAGACGAUAUGAUAAUUGUCAAAUAAGCGAUAAUGAGGAUAUUAUUAAACUCGGAGUAGGAAAAGAAUUAUCUUCUUGCCCUAGUUGUUCAUAUAAAAUAUUUUAAAAAGUACCCAUUUUUGAUAGUAUAUAGACUGAGAUACAUAAAAAUAAUCCUAAAUGUCCAACGAAAAUAAAAAUAAGAUAAUUAUGCUACACGGUAACAUUUGAUUAUAAAAAAGACAAUUCUCUGAACGGUUAAAGCUGAUACUCUAAACGGAUUUUAUACUUAAUUAUUUUAUUUAAAAUUCAGGGAGAUAUGAAAUUAGAAAUUUGAACAAUGACCUUGACAAAAUAAUAAUUCAUUUGUAAAUAUAAUAUUUGAUACAUCUAUAGUUAUUACACAAAUUCGAAAAAUAUUAUUAAUACUUAAUACUGUAGUUACCUGAACAAGUCUUGUAUAUUAUUCAGUGCCUUAUCAAAUAUUGUGUAUAUAUACAUAUUAACAGACUAUUUAUCUAUCACGCGUAAAAGCUUGUGUUCACUAAUGAAAAUGAUUUAAGAAACUAGAAAAAAUUACGGGGAAGUAUUAGGUAUUGCAUAAUAUAGAGUUCCUUAAAAAAUAAAAAGAAACGGAUAAUAGAGUAAUUAUAAAGCAAAUUAUAUAUGCAAGAUUAUGAAUAUUGUGGAUAAUGUUUUAUCUUAAAUUUUUCGAAUGAGCUCAACAAAAUUUACAUGUUUAUUUAUUACAUUUUGGUAGUUCGAAGUGUUCGACUUUACAUACACAUAUGUGCAAAGAACUAAUUUAUUUUUAAUUUGAUUCGAAUCUUAAGAAAUUCAACCUAUAAUAUAUAUACGU